AUGAGCCCGAGGAAAAAUCAAAGUAAAUUCUGGAGUUUGUGUGGUAACUCACUGACUCCGAAGCGCGGUGUUUUCGGGAAGACGGGUGAUCUGCAGACCAUUCUGUGCCUGGCCUGUGCAAAGGAUGAAGUGACCUAUUCUGGGGCGCUAAAUGGAGAUAUAUAUGUCUGGAAAGGAUUGAACCUUGCACGUACAAUUCAAGGAGCGCAUGCUGCAGGAAUCUUCAGUAUGAAUGCCUGUGAGGAGGGAUUUGCCACUGGAGGCCGCGAUGGCUGUGUACGCCUGUGGGAUUUAAAUUUUAAACCAAUUACUGUGAUUGAUCUCAGGGAAACAGACCAAGGAUACAAAGGUUUAUCUGUGCGAAGCGUCUGCUGGAGAGGGGACCAUAUUCUGGUUGGAACACAGGACAGUGAAAUCUUUGAAAUUGUGGUGCAUGAGCGGAACAAGCCCUUCCUGAUAAUGCAGGGACACUGUGAGGGGGAGCUCUGGGCGCUCGCUGUCCACCCAACAAAGCCACUGGCUAUUACUGGGAGUGAUGACAGAUCAGUAAGAAUAUGGAGUCUCAUAGACCAUGCGCUCAUUGCCCGCUGCAAUAUGGAGGAACCGAUUCGCUGCGCAGCUGUUAGUACAGAUGGUAUCCAUCUAGCCCUUGGGAUGAAGGAUGGAUCUUUUACUGUGCUGCGAGUCAGGGAUAUGACGGAAGUUGUUCACAUAAAGGAUCGGAAGGAAGCAAUCCACGUGCUAAAAUAUUCCCCUGAUGGUAACUUCCUGGCAGUUGGCUCCAAUGACAGCUGUGUGGAUGUUUAUGGUGUUGUACAGAGAUAUAAAAAGGUUGGAGAGUGCAUGGGAUCUGUAUCGUUUAUUACACAUAUGGACUGGUCCUCAGACAGCAAAUAUCUGCAGACGAACGAUGGCAGCGGGAAAAGAAUGUUUUAUAGGAUGCCAGGAGGUAAAGAGAUCACCAAUAAAGAGGAAAUGAAAGGUGUACAGUUUGUCCGAUGGACAUGUGUUGCUGGCCUGGAAGUAAAUGGGAUUGCUCCCAAAUACUCAGACAUAAAUGAUAUCAACUCCGUAGAUGCCAAUUAUCCAGGACAGGUUUUGGUGACUGCAGACGAUUAUGGGAUUGUUAAACUUUUCCGAUAUCCAUGUCUGAGAAAAGGUGCAAAAUUUAAAAAGUAUCUAGGCCACUCUGCUCAUGUGACUAGUGUGCGAUGGUCACAUGACUACCAGUGGUUAAUUUCGGUUGGUGGAGCUGAUCACUCUGUCUUCCAGUGGAAGUUUAUCCCUGACCGGAAACUGAAGGAUGCUCUUCACAUAGCUCCACAAGAAAGUUUGUUCGAUUCCAACAGUGAUGAGUCUGAUUCGGAUCAGUCAGACAUUCCAGAGCUGGACUCUGAGAUAGAGCAAGAGACACAGAUCACUUACCGUCGCCAGGUUUAUAAAGAAGAUCUACCUCAACUUAAAGAGCAAUGCAAAGAAAAACACAAAAGUGCUACUUCUAAGAGAAGGGAACGUGCUCCUCUGAACAGUAUUAGACUACACUUUGUUCAUGGUUACCGAGGUUAUGACUGCCGGAGUAACUUGUUUUACACCCAGACGGGUGAAAUUGUUUACCACGUGGCAGCAGUCGGAGUGGUGUACAACCGGCAGCAGAACACACAAAGGUUUUAUUUAGGGCACAAUGAUGACAUCCUGUGCCUUGCCAUUCAUCCGCUGAAGGAUUACGUAGCAACUGGCCAGGUUGGCCGGGAUAGCACAGUUCACAUUUGGGACACUGAGACAAUCAAACCUCUUUCUGUGUUAAAAGGACAUCACCAAUAUGGAGUUUGUGCCGUUGAUUUUUCAGCUGAUGGGAAGCGUUUGGCCUCCGUUGGCAUUGAUGACAAUCACACCAUCGUCCUAUGGGACUGGAAGAAAGGAGAAAAACUCUCAUCAGUAAGGGGAAGCAAGGAUAAAAUUUUUGUUGUGAAGAUUAACCCGUACAUGCCUGACAAGCUUAUCACAGCAGGAAUCAAGCACAUGAAGUUCUGGAGAAGGGCAGGUGGGAGCCUAAUAGGGCGUAAAGCCUGCAUAGGUUCAGGAUCUAAGCUGGACACCAUGAUGUGUGUGGUGUAUGGAUGGACAGAGGAGAUGUCAUUUUCUGGAACAAGUACGGGAGACAUCUGUAUCUGGAGAGACCUGUUCCUUAUGAAAAUGGUGAAGGCUCACGACGGACCAGUGUUCAGUAUGCAUGCCUUGGAUAAGGUGAGAGAGGUCUGGGCCUUGGAUAAGGGCUUUGUCACGGGAGGAAAGGAUGGAGUUGUGGCCCUUUGGGAUGAUUCCUUUGAACGAUGCCUCAAAACAUAUGCUAUAAAGAGGGCUGCACUGGCGCCUGGUUCUAAAGGGCUACUUUUGGAGGAUAAUCCUUCUAUUCGUGCCAUAUCACUGGGGCAUGGUCACAUCCUGGUAGGGACUAAGAAUGGUGAGAUAUUGGAAGUGGAUAAAAGUGGACCUGUUACUCUUCUGGUUCAGGGACACAUGGAAGGGGAGGUGUGGGGAUUGGCCACUCACCCUCACUUACCUAUCUGUGCCACUGUAAGUGAUGAUAAGACCCUACGGAUCUGGGAUCUGUCCCCUAGUCACUGUAUGCUUGCAGUGCGCAAAUUAAAGAAAGGGGGUCGAUGCUGUUCCUUCUCCCCAGAUGGAAAGUCUUUGGCUGUCGGCCUGAAUGAUGGAAGUUUCAUUAUUGUGAAUGCGGACACCCUUGAAGAUUUAGUUUCUUUUCACCAUAGAAAGGAUGUCAUCUCCGAUAUUCGGUUUUCACCUAAUACUGCUAAAUACUUGGCUGUGGCCUCCUAUGAUAACUUUGUAGAUAUUUACAACGUGAAGAACAGUAAAAGGGUUGGAGUCUGUAAAGGAUCUUCUAGCUACAUCACACACUUAGACUGGGACACAAGGGGAAAACUCUUGCAAGUGAACACUGGUGCUAAAGAACAGAUGUUUUUUGAAGCACCUCGUGGGAAAAGGCAAAUAAUUCCCAGCCAGGAGGUAGAAAAAAUUUCUUGGUUAUCUUGGACAAGUGUCCUGGGUCCCAGCUGUGAGGGCAUUUGGCCAGUGAUUGGUGAAGUGAGCGACGUGACAGCAGCCUCCCUUACUAGUGAUGGCAAAGUUCUAGCAACGGGAGAUGACUUUGGGUUUGUGAAGCUUUUUCGUUAUCCUGUGAAAGGCAAAUUUGGAAAGUUUAAGAGAUAUGUGGCACACAGUUCACAUGUUGCUAACCUCCGGUGGAUACACGAUGACAGCCUUUUAGUCUCUGUCGGUGGCUUAGAUACCUCUCUCAUGUUAUGGACACAUGAGAUGGAAGGUCACAGGGAGACCAGGCAAUGUGACAGUGAAGAAUCUGACCUGGACUCAGAGGAGGAUGGAGGGUAUGAUAGUGAUGUCACUAGAGAAAAUGAGAUGAAUUAUACCAUCAAAGCCUUAUCCACAAAUAUCAGGCCCAUGUCAGGAAUAAAGCCACACCUGCAACAGAAAGAGCUGACUCUGGAUGAGAGACCUCCUGUUAGUAGGGCAUUACCGCCUCCUGAAAAACUUCAGACAAACAAUGUUGGGAAAAAGAAGAGACCUAUAGAGGAUCUGGUCCUGGAGUUAGUUUUUGGAUACAGAGGCAAAGACUGCAGGAAUAAUGUUCAUUAUCUAAAUGACUGUGCUGACGUCCUUUACCACACUGCCUCGGUUGGGAUCCUGUACAACAUUGCUACAGGCUCUCAAAGUUUCUAUCAAGAACAUACAGAUGACAUUCUGUGCCUAACUUUAAACCAGCAUCCAAAGUUCACCAACAUUGUGGCAACUGGCCAAGUAGGUGAUGCAGCUGAUAUGUCUGCAACAGCCCCUUCUAUACACAUAUGGGAUGCGAUGGGCAAGCAGACCCUGUCUGUACUGCGCUGUUAUCACUCCAAGGGUGUAUGUUCUGUGAGCUUCAGUGCUACGGGCAAACUGCUCCUGUCUGUGGGGCUGGAUCCUGAGCACACUAUUACCAUAUGGAAGUGGCAAGAAGGAAGCCAACUGAUAGAAACUCGUUGCUUAAAGCAUCUAGCUGUCAUCCACCUGCGCUUAAAAAGGCGUGUUAAGAGAAACAGCACCCGAGAGGAGAAUGCCAGUAUUCAACUCAAAGAGAUGAAAUGGAAUUUCAUUGAACGAGGCUACAGGAGGAAUGCUCUCAACGCACAGUUGGAAGUAAUGCAAUCGGCUGAUAAUAGCCGUAAGAAAGUUGACAGUAAGAAAAGAUUAACAUUUACAACUACAAAUACUGCUGAUAAAAAUGAAUUUAAUGGAAUCUUGAGGCAGAAUUGGGAAAUUCUCCAGAGUGAUGAGUCACUUCCCUUUAAAGAUAUGACGGCACCACAAAUUGGGUACAAGAAGGGUAAAUCCCUUAAAGACAAUAUGCAGUUGACGGAUCCUGCCCAUUGUUACUCAAAGAACUGGCUAAACAAACAGGCACUUAAACCAGGAUGCUUUAAAUGUAGUGGUUGUAUCACUUGCAAUGGGAUGUCUGCAGGCAAAUAUUUCGUCCACCCGAGAUACAACAAGAAAGAUUUUCAUAAGUAA